CGAGCAUUAUCAUCAUCACACCACUGGACACGCUUUCCAGCAACUUUGCCAUAACGAGCAUUCGGUGCUUCCUUGCAAAUCGGAUACCUGAAGAAACCGAGCAUCUUUAUUGGUCUCAUCCUAUCUCGUGGAAACAUACGAAGCAAGCGCCGUUGAUGCCAGAUUCGCUUUGCGACACACCCGCUUCCACAACCGACAUCAUCCUCACAACCGAAGCCUCGAGCGACGGAACGGCCCUUCUGCGUACCAGAAACCAAGUCAUAAAAACAAAGACUACACAUUAGUCGUGAAGCAUAAUAUAACCGGAGACAUGGACACACUCUUAACUGCCGAGAUUGCGGCCAACGCACCGCGGUACCGUCGCAAGAGUUCAACUUUCAUCGACGGCAUCCACGAUGUUACAGACCAGGACAACAUGGCCCCGGCCCAGCUUUACAGCACAAUGUCUGGCAGGCUCUUCCAUUCAGGUCGUAUUGCUAUCGUUAUGGUUGGCCUUCCCGCGCGGGGCAAGACCCACAUCUGUGUUUCCAUGGCACGAUAUCUUCAGUGGCUCGGUGUCAAGACACGGAUUUUCCACCUAGGCGACUAUCGCCGUGCUACCGUUGGUGAAGGCGGAAAUGUUCCCCAAGAUUACUUUUACCCCAAUGCCUCUCCAGCUUCGACCAUGCUCCGGCAGAAGAUCCUGAAAAAGUGCAGGGAGGAUAUUUACGCAUGGCUCAACCACGAAAAUGGCCAAGUUGCUAUCUACGACGCCGUCAAUCCUACUGCGGCUGGACGCCGUGCGCUUGCAAAGGAGUUUGCCAAACACGAUGUUCAGACAUUGUUUUUGGAGUCAUACGUUGAUGAUGAGGAGAUUCUCAAAGAAAACGCCAGAAAUGUCAAGAUCCAUUCGCCGGAUUUUGAUGGCAUGGAUCCCGAUGAGGCAGCCGAACGGUACCUGAAGCGGAUCGAAACUAAGAUUCCGAUUUUCGAAACGAUGCAAGAGGAAGAACUAAACUACGUGAAAAUGAUCAAUGCCGGCCGAGCAUUCUUCUACAACAAUGUCAGCUUCAACUACCUCUCGCAUCGCAUCGUCUUCUACCUCACGAACCUGCACAUCAAAGCCCGCACAACCUUCUUCGUUCGAGCUGGGCCAGCAGAAGGCGAAGAGUUCUACAAAUCCGACGCGCCUCUCUCUGAGGAAGGCAGAUCAUAUGCACAGAAGAUGACUGAGACCCUUCUCAGACAUCGUGAGCAAGAAAGAAAGGCCAAUAGUGAACAGGCUGGCCACGAGAUCCGUCUAAGGCCUUUGACUGUCUGGACAUCCACGCGGCUCCGCACAAUUCAGACGGCCGAUCCUCUGAAGGAACAAGGCUAUAACGUCCGCCAACGCUCGCAAAUGAGCCAAAUAAACCCCGGUCUGUGCGAGAAGUUGUCAGAGCAUGCUAUCCGUAGGCUAUAUCCAGAAGAGGUGGAAAAGCAUGAGCUUGACCCAUACCACCACCGGUAUCCCCGCGCAGAGUCGUACCACGACCUCGCUGUCCGCCUCGAGCCCAUCAUUCUUGAACUCGAGCGCGAGCAGAACGACGUCCUCAUCAUUGCUCACGAGAGCGUUCUGCGAGUUUUGUAUUCAUACCUGAUGCACUGCAGACCCAUGGAGAUUCCAAAACUCAAGUUCCCCAGGGAUGAGAUUAUCGAGAUCAUUCCGGCGGCAUAUCAGAACGAAGCCAAGCGCAUUCAUAUCCCCGGCCUCGAUCCGCAGUUCACCCCCGGGUCGCCCGAAGACAUUCGCAUCCCCGUUCCUAGCAUCUACAGCAGUAAUCUGCCACCUAUUGAUGGCAUAAGCAGUCCUGUCGAGCCAUCCUCUACGGACAACGUUUUGACGCGGCCUCCCGAGAAGGUGGUGAAUAACGCCAAGGAAAUGGUUGCGGAUAAGGUGGCUGAUCUCGAUUAAGUUACGGCGUACUGGGACGUGGAGCGAGGGUGGCUUUGUUUCUGAGUGGCGGACCGUUGUGUUUGAUCGAUAAAUUUGACCUUAAUAAGAAUCCUCUGCCACCGUUCUUUUUCCAGGAGCACACACUUGCAAGACGCAGUAUUCAGCCGUUCAGAUUUAAGCGGGUAGCUACUGAGAGCGAGAAAUAGUUGGACUUUAGCCAACACAGAAAAGAAAAUUAUUAGAUAGCGUGUUGAGUUGAUGAGAGGAAUCUAUGUUUCCAUCUGUCCACUAGAAUACUAUGGCAUUUUUGAGGUUCGUGGGUAGUUAAAUGAACCCGAUCCAUCCCUCCCUACCCUUUCGCAUGUACAUGACGAUGCUAUACAAAAAAUGACUUUAGGACGUUCUUAUACAGUAUGAUGCCUCAAAAAAUCUCCUCGGGUAUUCCUUCUGUACGCC